AUGGAUAAUUUACGAAGUUCUAUCCAGAAGGCUGCGUCUGCCUCACAGGCUGCUAUGUUGAUUAAAGAAGAGACCAUUUUAGUAGUUGACUGGAAGAAUUAUGUGCGAUCUGAGAGGAAGUAUUAUCGUUAUGAGACCUUAAUUCACUUCACUUUACAUGAACAAUUAGAAAAUCACAGGAAGUAUGUUGAAUCUUUGCCACCAAACCAGUCUAUACGUGUUAGAGAAUCCUUCAGUAGUAUACCAGUAACAAGAAAGGUAGAAGAUGAAAAAGUACUUCACAACAUACCAUAUGAGGGUAAUGACAAUCUGGAUGAAGACUGUUCUUUUAUUGAAGAUUUGUGA